AUGGCAGUAUUUGUGAUUACUGCAGAAGCUGCCAAGAUCAAUCAUCCUAAACUUGCUCGGAGUACAAAGGACACAAUCCCGGGCCGAUACAUUGUUCGUUUUACUGAAAGCAAAAUUGCUGCUGAUCGACUCUUUGGCUCGUCUUUAAUCAAAGACAUUACUAAUGAUGAUGAUAUUCAAAUCAAACAGAAAUUCAACCAUCGUCUCUUUAGUGGAGUCACUAUUAACAUGAAUCACGGUAAUGAGCAACAAGAAGAUGCUGUUUUACAAAAGAUUCUCGACAACCCUGAUGUUAAAAAAGUGUAUCCUGUCCGUGUGAUUCCUCUCCCCAAAACUACUUUCAAGAAAAGCGGUAGUAAAGAUGACAAUGUCAAUGCCCCUUCUAUAUUACCCCAUGGUGUGACACAAGUCAAUCUUGUUCAUUCAGUGCUGAAGAAUAAGGGCAAAGGUAUCCUUGUUGGUGUCCUUGAUUCAGGCAUUGAUUACAAACAUCCUGCAUUUGGAGGUGGCUUUGGUGAAGGCUACAAGGUUUCUGUAGGCUAUGACUUGGUUGGUAAUGAUUUCAAUGGUUACAAUACGCCUAAUCCUAGUACUGAUCCUCUUGAUGACUGUGGUGCUAACUCUGGUGCUAACGGUCAUGGCACUCAUGUCUCUGGUAUUAUUGCUGGAUAUGACAAGUCUAAAAAUUUCACUGGUGUUGCUCCUGAAGCUAACCUUGGUAUGUGGCGUGUUUUUGGCUGUACUGGUAUUACUUCAACCGAUAUCGUUGUUAAGGCUCUUUUAAUGGCUUAUGAUGCUGGUGUUGAUGUGAUCAACAUGAGCAUAGUUCUAGAAAAUCCUUGGGACAAUCCUGAUAACGCUGAAAUCGAAGUUUCCAAUCAAUUGGCUGCUAAGGGUGUCACGAUUGUUAUUGCUGGUGGUAACAAUGGCGGCGAUGGUUUACAAAGUAUCAAUACACCUGGAACUGCUCCCAAUGCCAUCACAGCCGCAUCUAUUAAUAAUAACUAUCACUAUGCUCCAUACAUUGAAGCUACAGGAGUAGGUGCCAUUGAGUAUAGUGCUAGUGAUGAGUUGCCUGCGUCUAGUACACUUGUUUUAGGUACUCGCAAUAUCAGUAGUGACGCUCAAGCCUGUACUGCUGACGAUGUUCCUGGUGAUGUGAAAGGAAAGCUUGCUCUUAUUCAGCGUGAUGAUGCCUGUGCUGUCAAGACCAAGACCGAAAAUGCUGCUGCUGCUGGUGCCGUUGGUGUUGUAUUUUAUGAUCAAUACGACGAUAACAUCUCAGACUUUCCUCCUUAUCUUCCUACCAUUCCUUCUCUUGUUGUUGGAAAAAGGGAUGGUCAAAAGCUUAUCGCUGCUGUCAAGGCUGGUACUGUCGAUGUUACUGUUUAUUCCAAAGAAGGUCUUAUUCCUACUUCUACAGGUGGCACUGUGUCUGAUUUUUCUUCUCGCGGCCCCACUGCUGAACUCGAAUUCAAGCCUAAUAUUGCAGCCACUGGUGGUCAAGUGUAUUCUACCUUGCCUCGUUAUUUAGAUAGCUAUGGUUUCAUGUCUGGUACUUCUAUGGCCACACCUUACAUUGCUGGUUCUGUUGCUCUUUAUCUCCAUGCUCAUGAGAACAAAAAAGGUGCAGUCAAAUAUAUUCGAGAACAAUUCCAAAACUACGCUCUCCCUGUCAGUGUCAGUCAUUCUGGCACGAUUGACUCUCCUGUUCGUCAAGGUGCUGGUCUUGUUCAAGUGUAUGAUGCUAUUACUCAAAACAUUCAUGUUUCUCCUUCUCAGAUCAGUUUCAAUGAUACUGCCAAUACUAAGUAUCGAACCCAAACAAUCACUGUCACCAACAAUGGCCCAAACACUAUUCAAUUUCAAGUGGUAAAUGAUGUUGCCACAGGUAUUGCUCCUUAUGAUUACGAUGAGACUGGCUAUAAAUAUCUUAUGCCUGAAAAAGACGCCAAUGUCACUGCUUCUUUGCGUUUCUCCAAAAAGACAUUUAAACUUGCUUCUGGUCAAUCUCAAGACAUCACUGUCACUGUUACGCCUCCUACUAAAGAGGCCAAGAAUCAUAUUGCUUAUGGUGGAUUUAUUCGCUUCCGGUCUUUACAGCAAGAAAAAAAUGUGGAUCUCAAGGUUCCUUAUAUUGGUAUCAAUGCCAAGCAAAGUGAUCUCCCAAUCCUUGGUGAAGGCUCUCCUUCUUUUGUUGGCACAGACUCUAAACCACUUCUGUUUGAUCAUGCUUAUGAAUUCAAUUUAACUUCUGACAGAUGGAACUUGGAAUACACAAUUAUCAAUCCCACUCGUCUUAUCAAGGGAGAAGUAUUAGAUGCCAAGACAGAAAAAGUCCUCGGCCGAUUCCAACCUUCGCUUGAAUACAAACGUCCAAAUUCUUAUGGAGAUGAUCAAGCAUAUAGCUAUCUUCUCCUUGGUACCUAUAUUCCAGUAGACUCGACGGAAGAUGUUUAUGUUGAUUUACCUGAAGGUUCUUAUAAACUUCGUCUUAGUGCUCAAAAAAUGUUUUCUGAUCCUAACAGCAAGGACGGUUGGUACACAUGGACAAUUGGUCCUGUAAAGGCCUACAAAUAA